AUGGGCAGAAAAUCGUCGUUCAAAAAGUACAUUAACUACACUGUAUUUGCUGCGUUUUUAUUCUUUGGCUACAAAUAUUUUGUUGGCGAUCACUAUCAGAAACCAAACGAUCCUUUCCGGGAUACUUCAAGGGACCACCCCAAAAACAUUCAGCCUGAGAAGAUGAGUGGGAAGACUCAAGACAAGGAAGAUAAGCCUGUAUUAGGAAAAGAUGAACUGGAAAGGCCAGAGCAAGUAGAUGCACGCGUGAAACCAGACGAUGCUCGGGCGAAAAUUGAUGUCGGUGAAAUUCCAAAGAACGUGGGGCUUGAAAAAGAACCGCUGGAUGCAGUAGACCAGGAACAAAAGAAAUUAUUUGAAAAGCCUAUUGAAAACAGACCAGUUUUAUCCACAAACAAACCACGAGCAGAAAAACAUGGACCAGAAGGUAAUCCAUUCUUGAAUGAAGUCAUAGAUUGGGAAUUGGAAGAAGAAAUGAUCAAACGGAGAGCAAAGUUUUUCGCAGCUGUGAAAGCAAAAGAGGAGCAGAUUAAUGAAGGUGACGAUAUGAAUUUAAGCGAACCCCAUGAUGACAUCACGUUCGUGACGGCAGGCUCCCACUCUACCUUCUAUGCCACCAUCCAGUUCAUCUACUCAGUCCAGUACUUCUAUCCCAGAAGUACAAUAGCCAUCUACGACAUUGGGCUGACGUCUGAUGAGAAGGCUUUUAUCAAGUCUUUAUGCAACACGGUGUUGGCAAGUAUGCUGCUGAAAUUGUGGCCGGAAAACCUGUACAAGAUCAGGCAUCGAAUUUGGAGACCAUUUCUCUUACAGUUCGCCCUUGUGCGGUUUGGUCACUGUGUGUACGUGGAACCUGGCAGAUUCAUCUACAGGCAGAUCAUCAAGGAUUACCUGGAACAGAGUCGUGUGCACGGGCUGGUGGUGGGAGGCAAGCAGAUGCAGCACAGCAGCUAUUUCGUCACCAACCCCCAUAUGUACACCUUUCUUAUUACCGACGAGAGGAAGUUGAAAAAUACACCGCAUUUUGAAAUGUCUCUCAUAAUUCUACACAACACCAGACGUGUGCAUCAUUUCUUCAUGCGUUACUUAACUUCCUGUGCUACUGAAGAGUACUGCAUCUCUCCGCCGGGUGCUCAGCCCAAAUGUGAGACAUACCUGGGCGGCAAAAAAUACGGCGGAUGUCACCGCUAUGAUGAAUCGGCUAUCAACCUCAUCCUGAACAAAUGGCACCACUAUUCGCCCAAGGAAUAUCUCAUGAACGAUCUCAUUACAAGAUUUUACGAUGGCACCGACAUGACGAAGAAAGUUAAAGUGUGUAAUAAAAAGGAAGAGGUUUGA